UUUACUCGACCGUUUCUUAUUUUCAUACAAUGUUUUCUGAAACAUAGCAGAGUGAAGUGACAUCAUAGUACACUUUUUCUUUCAUUCAAAGACAGAAAACAACAUAGUACUUUGUGAAGAAGAAGAAGAAAAUGUUGAAAUCUAAGAAAGGGUUAUGUUCAAGUAAAAAUCCAUUGUGGGUUGCAGCUUUUUUCUUCAAACAACUUAAGAAAGCUCAAAUUUUGGAUAGUGACAUUUCUUCUGCUGUGGACCAGAUUUUGCAUCAUGAAAUGGAUGCUGUUUCCUAUCGACUGCUCGGAUAUCUUCUUUCUGGUGUUGUUAAAAUAUACUCAAAGCAGGUUGAGUAUCUACUCGAUGAUUGCAACAAGGUGCUUUUUGGAAUCAACAAAUUUGUGAUCAAAACAAAGAGCAACACACCUGUGGAGAAAUUGCGCAUGUCUUUUAUCAUGCCAGAAACAUUUGAUUUGGAUGCUAUCGAUCUCGGUACACCUGAAGAUACUUCCAGAUUCCAUACUGCUCUCCCAGAACAAAUCACUCUAAAAGAUGUUUUGUCAAAUACUGCGGGAUUCAUGCAGUUUUCUCAGGAGAGGUUUGACGAUUUUGGUUUGGGUGAAACUAGCUGCUCUCUUGACCACUUUAUGGCUGAAAAUGUUCUUGAAACUCCAUUGCUGAACUUUGACUUCGAAGCUUUUCCUUCGAGUAGUUCAACAAAUUUACUGGCAAGCAAGGAUAUAUUGCAAAGCCGCAUAUCCGGUCAAAAUGUGGACGAGUUCCAUGAAGAGAAUAGAAUCUCUCGAGAGGAAUCAAUAGAUAAGAGUAUGUUUUUGGGAAGACAGAAGGAAGCGGUUUUACCUUCUGCAUCUUUUAAUGAGUCUCGGCAAAUUGGUAUCGAGCAUAAUAUGGCAAUGGAAUCAUUAAGAUCGUUAUGCCAAAUGGAUCAGGAAAAUGUUAGCGUUGAUGAAACACUAGCUUUCCGCGUAUCCAGUCAAAAUGUGGACGAGUUCCAUGAAGAGAGUAGAAUCUCUCAAGAGGAAUCAACAGAUAUCAGUAUGUUUUUGGGAACACAGAAGGAAGUGGUUUUACCUUCUGCAUCCUUUAAUGAGUCUCGACAAAUUGGUAUCGAGCAUAAUAUGGCAAUGGAAUCAUUAAGAUCAUUAUGCCAAAUGGAUCUGGAAAAUGUUGGCGUUGAUGAAACAUUAGCUUUCCAAGAAAAUGAAAAUUUUCUUCACAACCAGUCUUCUGUUGUCAAAGAGUGCACCGGAGAACUCAUUGAAGAGUCUAUUGUUGAUCCAACUCCUCAGUCUAAGUUUCAAGGAAAUUUAGAAGUUCAAAAAAAGGUUUCAUUUGAACAUGGACAAUCUAGUGUUAAUCCUGCAGAGUCCACAAUUCUUGAUCCAACUCCUCAGUCUAAGUUUCAAGGUGGUUCAAUCGGAAGGCCAAAACCAGGUUCUACUUCUACUACGUCGGAGUUUAAGCUUAUUCCUACACCAACUGCAACCGAAUCUGCUCGCUUUUCAAGGAAAAGAAAAUUUGUUAUUGAUAAAACGAUGGUCUUGCCUACUGAGGUACUCAAAAGGAGCAUACUUGAUGCAAGUGACUUGGUCUCUGUCCGAAGACCAUUAGGUCUCUCUUUGCUUGAUAAACACAGAAAAUAUCAGCUUUCCAGUCUUCUGGAUAGAUUCAAUGAAUCUCUGUUUACUUGCCACUCCGCAAAGCUCAAGUCCUUGUUUUCAAGUAAGAAAAUGAAGAUUCCAAACUCUCUUAAGAUAAAGGAAACUCUACCAGAGUCAGGUGUGUCAGAAUCUCGAGCUGUUCGCAUUCCAGACCGUAUCGAAAUUCCUCCAAGGUUCUCAGAAACUAUAGGGGAGUUAGAUGUGUCUCAGUCUCAAACUUGUGGUAGUUCGGAUCACACAGCAGCUGCUCCAGAAACACCUCCUUUGUGCCCAAAUGUGAAAGUUAGGACAGUUAAGCAACAUGAGAGAACUGAAACUCAAAAUUCAGAUGAUUUUGUGCCUUCAAGUCCCCAUGAGAGAGAGCAAUCUUUGGAAAGGAGUGCUGAUAUGGUUGAAGAGUUCAAUGAAGAAACCUCAAAUACAUAUGAACCAAUGGAUAAUGAGCAAUGCUUUGCAGUGGAUGAAGAUCUCAAUCUCGUGAAUGAGGAGAUGAAUCCAUCUGACACUGAGAAUUCAAAAAUGUCUGGGUGGUCUGAGAGAACCAGGAAGGUAGCCUCAUACUUGAGCAAAAGUUUUCAAGAUGCAGGGAAACAGAAAGAGUCGGGAUCUGUGAACUUGUCCCAAGUUUCACAAGGAAGAACCCGGAAAGAAUCAGCAAGGCUAUUUUAUGAAAUCCUGGUUUUGAAAACUACCAAUUAUGUGGAUGUGCAACAAAAUGAAGCUUAUGGUGAUAUUGCUGUUAAGAAACUCCCCAAACUUGAUAAAACUUUUGGAGUUUGAUAGUCUGUUUAACUGACAUAGGUAGAUGUCAGAGUUCAUUUAGGAAAAGAAAGUUGAAAGGAAAUAGGUAUAUUAGAAAGUAAAUUUUUUAAUAUAUGGCAUUAGUUUAAAUUAUAUUUAGAAAUACUCUGCCACAAUUUUCCUUUGUACAGUGAUGGCAGAGUUAGAAACUCCAAUUUGCAGGAAAAUCUUCUGCAUUUUUCUUUCAUAUUUAUUACAUUUCAUCAAAUGAUGGUGCUCUUGAAAAAGAUACAGUUGUUUUUAAA